AUGAGCUCCGCCCCCCGCGACCGCGACCGAGCGCGCGCCCUGCUGCCGCCGGGGCGGUUUGUGGAGGUGUUCAUGCGGGCGCCGCUGGAGGUGUGCGAGCAGCGCGACCCCAAGGGCCUCUACAAGAAGGCGCGCUCCGGCCAACUCAAGGGGUUCACCGGCAUCGAUGACCCCUACGAGGAGCCCACAGCCCCAGAGGUCAUCCUGGACGCCCGCGAUGCCUCGGGCGCGCCGCGGCCGCCGCAGGCGCUCGCUCUGGAGCUGUUGCAGUACUUGGGGGAUGUGGGCCUGCUGCAGGGCCCUGACGCGCCCAGCCAACCUGCUUAA